AAACUUGUUGGUGUGGUCGCCUGUCUCUCAAGUGAUUGCACAAUCUCAACAGCAUUAUUCUUCAAAGCUCUAAAUCUCCCCGUUAUUUCCUACUCAUCAAGUUCUGCUGACUUGGAUGACAGAAUUCAAUUCCCUUACUUUCUCAGAACUGUUCCAAGUGAUGUAUUCCAGGCUAAAGUCAUGCUCAAUAUUAUCAAGGCCAUGAAAUGGCAAUAUGUGGGUUUAAUGUAUGUUAAAAAUAACUAUGGCUCUAAGGCAAUGAAAGCAUUCAAAACCCUUGCUGCUGCGGAAGAUUCAGGUGUCUGUGUUGCUGAGGAAAUUGAAAUAGGUGACAAAAUGUCUGAUUAUGAUGAUGCAGAAUUUUUUAAAGCAUGGUCACAGCUAGUCACACAACAGGUCAAGGUUGUUGUUUUCUUUGGAAUUGAUGUGAGGUAUCGCUCUUUUUUAAAGUAUCUUGAGGUUGACCAACGUUAUGGGAAAUUCAUUUUCAUUGGCAGUGAAGACUGGGGAAAUAAUGACUACAUCCUUCAAGAAGGACCAAGAUCUGCCAGAGGAUCAAUCACUCUCAAAGUUGAGGACAUUGCUUUGGAAUCUGACGCAGCAUUUAGAUCUUACCUGGCAUCAAGAUCACCUUCUGUCAAUGACACAAAUAUCUGGUUCCCUGAGUUUUGGCAGCACAUAUUUGAUUGCAAUUUU